GCAUUUCCUUUAACUCAUCUGCUGUGCUCAGUGACUCCACGCUCACACAUUUAUUCAGCCUCCUCGUCUCUUUCCUUCUUUCCCUCAGUCUCUGUCUGCUGUCCUUGUUCCGUCUGUUUUCUGUCACUUUCCUUUUUUUUGUGUGUGUCUCAUGUUCUCGUGUCAGACGUUCAUGCUCAUCUCACUCAGGCACAUAAUCUCGGUCACACAGGAUCUCACAUCCAGCACUCAUUCCUCCUCCCUCUCCUCCGCUUCCCUGCUCAAUCUCCUGGAUUUUGGCUUCUUCUUCUACUCCACCGCAGCUUCUGCGUUUCGCUCUCCGGUUCUGCUCACUGCGUCAGGAGUCGGCAGCAGAUCGAGAGGCCCUGAUCAGUGACGCUCGGUACCCUGAGGUCCCGGUGAAAGAGCACCACCCCCGGCAGGCUGGCCACACCCCCUCCCUCCUGCCUCCAUGUAUCCUGAAUCUACCACAGACUCCCCCGCCCGCCUCUCCCUCCGACAGACUGGCUCCCCCGGCAUGAUCUACAACGCUCGUUAUGGGAGCCCCAAACGGCAGCUGCAGUUCUACAGAAACCUCGGGAAGUCGGGCCUGCGGGUGUCCUGCCUCGGAUUAGGCACGUGGGUGACGUUCGGCGGACAGAUAACGGAUGAGAUGGCGGAGCAGCUGAUGACUCUGGCCUAUGAAAAUGGCAUCAAUCUGUUUGACACAGCGGAGGUCUACGCUGCUGGGAAGGCAGAGGUGGUGCUCGGAAACAUCAUAAAGAAGAAAGGAUGGAGACGUUCCAGUCUGGUGAUAACAACCAAGAUCUUUUGGGGUGGAAAAGCGGAGACUGAAAGAGGUUUAUCCCGAAAACACAUUAUAGAAGGUUUAAAGGCCUCUUUAGAGCGACUGCAGUUAGACUACGUGGACGUGGUUUUCGCAAACAGACCGGACCCGAACACGCCCAUGGAAGAAACGGUCCGAGCGAUGACCCACGUCAUCAACCAGGGCAUGGCCAUGUACUGGGGAACGUCCCGCUGGAGCCCCAUGGAGAUAAUGGAGGCGUACUCAGUGGCACGACAAUUCAACCAGAUUCCUCCCAUCUGUGAGCAGGCAGAGUACCACAUGUUCCAGAGAGAGAAAGUGGAGGUGCAGCUACCUGAGCUCUUCCAUAAGAUAGGUGUGGGCGCCAUGACGUGGUCUCCUCUGGCCUGCGGGAUCAUCUCAGGGAAAUACGACGGGAGGGUUCCUCCCUACUCCCGGGCGUCUUUGAAGGGCUACCAGUGGUUGAAGGACAAGAUCUUGAGCGAGGAGGGCCGGCGUCAGCAGGCGAAGUUGAAAGAGCUGCAGGCAAUCGCGGAGCGGCUGGGCUGCACUCUGCCCCAACUCGCCAUCGCGUGGUGCCUACGGAACGAGGGCGUGAGCUCUGUCCUUUUAGGGGCGUCCAACACCGACCAGCUGAUGGAGAACAUCGGAGCGAUACAGGUUCUUCCCAAGCUGUCGUCGUCCAUCACACACGAGGUGGACAGCAUCCUGGGGAACAAGCCAUACAGUAAAAAGGACUACCGCUCCUAACGUGCGGCGUGGUGCGGCGUGGCCCCGCCCGGCAGGGCCGCCCCGGCCUGCAGCCGCAGAGCCCCCACCUUUGCCUGAUCCUCUGUUUGCUUGAGCUUUUACUGAGUGAGACCCUGGCGCAUGAGUCUGGCCACACCAAGGGCCACGCAGGGCACCUCAUUUAGAGUUACAGGGACAAAAAGAUGAGAGAAGGGGGAAAAAAUAUUCAGUCACCUCCGCGGAGAUGAACGGAUGGAGAGAGAGAGAGAGAGAGAGAGGAGGGAAAGACAGCUUAGGGAAACGCGCUCAUACUUAAAAUCAGUUACACAUUCAAUUCAGCUGAACGUAUUUUAAGACCAUAGAGAAAAAUACCUUUAUAAAAAUAAUAAGCACACGCUUGCUUGGCAGCCAGACUUCUCCUUUUCUUUUUCUUAUGCUUUUUUUUUUUUUUUUUUUGUCCCUGAAUGCACCGAAGAGGAAGAAUCAGCUCCUGCUGUGUGAAUCCCAGAGAGCUGCUGUACCAUAGCCAUGCCUCACACUCCACACCCCAGUGUGUGUGCCGUGCUGCUUCCUCUCACAGCCAGUUUGCGUUGUCCACAUUACAUGAGCCCCCCCUGUGGGUGGGGUGGGGUCAGGUGGGGGGGCUCGUCCAAUCAGCACUUUAGAGAGGGGGGAGGACAGGUGUCACUGAUCUCACAGCCAUUGCACUAAAGAUUCCUCUUCAUCCUCCCUCUGCGUCUCCGCUGGCAGCCCCGAGGACGAAGGGGGGGACGAGGAAGGGGGGGGUGAUGUGUCUGCCAGCUGAAGAGAUGAGCUGUGAUGGCCCCCCCCCCUCGCCCUCCCUUGACGGCACGAACCGCAAUCAAAACGCUUCACUGUGUUCUCCGCUCCUCGAAACUUGGAGCUCUGUUCAAGUCUUUUGCCUUAUUUACAGCCACAUCGCAUCACGCUGCGCUCGCUCUGGGCUUCAUGGCGAGGACGGGCAGUCCCCCCCCACCCUCUGGUCACACGCCCCCCUCCCUCCCUGUUAAAAAUAUGUGUGUUUAGUGGUUUAGUGCGGAGCGGCAGCAGCUCAGGGAACGCAGCAGGUGGUCUGAGUGUCGGGGGCCAGGGGGC